AUGCGUGGGUGCGCAAGUUGGAAGAGAGGGAGAGAAGGGUCGGCCAGGCGGAGGAAGCAGGGAAGGACCGCGUUGCCGAACGAGUUGCUACUGUCGCGAGGAGGGAAUCGAAACAGGGCGCGCCAGUCCUUCUCUCUUGUAUGGGCUUCAACGAUCGCAGGGGCUAGCGCAGCAGAUGAGAAUCAGCGAAAUUUAAGUUCUCUGAAUGGGUCGAACAACAAUUCGGGAGUGAUCAGUUAUCAAGCGUCAUCUCCUGACGAGGCGGCACUAGUGAAUGCAGCACGUAUUCUAGGCUUCACUUAUUUAUCAAGGUCUAAUCGUGAUACAGUUAUUGAUCAUCUUCAUGAAUUCGCAGUGGAAGGAUUGCGCACUCUUUGUCUUGCCUAUGCAGAUCUUGAUGACGAUGGGUUUCAAGAUUGGCAUCGAAGAUAUCGGCACGCGAAUUCCGAGUUAAUCGAUCGUGAAGAAAAAGUUGCUGCAGUUGUUGACGAAUUCGAACGUGAUCUUACCUUGCUGGGUGCGACUGCUAUCGAAGACAAACUCCAAGAUGGUGUUCCAGAGACUUUAAAGAAGCUGGAACAAGCCAGCAUCAAGGUAUGGGUACUAACCGGGGACAAACAAGAGACAGCCAUUAAUAUUGGGUUGUCAUGCGGCGCCAUUGACGAAGGCAUGGAUGUCGUGAUCAUCAAUGAGGACAAUCUCGAAGAUACAGCUGCGCAGCUUGACCGGGCACUUGGCAGGUGGAGCGCCAUGCGUACAGAUCCAGCAAUGGAACGAAAGCUUGGCCUGGUCAUUGACGGACAAACAUUGCAUUACGCUCUCGAAGAGGAACUCCAGAAACGGUUUAUGGUAGUGACAAACAUGGCUCGAUCAGUCAUCGCUUGCCGUGUGAGUCCGAAGCAAAAGACUGAGAUUGUCGAGCUGGUCCGCCGGCUUGACAAGGACAAAGUUACUUUGGCUAUUGGAGACGGCGCUAAUGAUGUCGGUAUGAUUCAAGCGGCCCAUGUGGGGAUGGGAAUUGUGAGCUUGGAAGGGCAAGAGGCCAAACUGGCCUCAGACUACUCUAUUGGUCAGUUUCGUUUCUUGGGGCGUGUAAUGCUAGUCCAUGGCAGAUGGAGCUACAAACGGCUCUCAAAAAUGGUCUUGUUCACAAUAUACCGAAAUGCGGCGCUGACUCUUUGUGAGAUCUAUUGGGCAUUCUUUUCAGCAUUUUCAGGUCAGCCUCUCUUGGAUCCCUGGAUGGGGGGUCUUUACAAUUUGCUUUUGGCAUCGCUUCCUCCCAUUGUCCUCGGUAUAUUCGAUCAGGAAUUGACUGCCGAAUAUGCGCUUGCUUUCCCUGAAAUGUAUUCAAAGGGGCAAAGAAACACGGCGUACAACUUUCGCGUCUUUUUGAGCUGGAUUCUCUCAGCAAUAUGGCAAUCAGAUGUAGUGUUCUUUGUUUGCUUCUGGGGCUUUGGUGACAUUCCGCAGGCCGGUGGGCAGAUGCUGAGAAUGUGGGCAUUCGGCACAGUCGUAUUCUCGGUAGUGAUUUUCACUGUACAUGUCAUGCUACUUGUGUACCAGACCCUUCUUCUCCUCCUCAGUCGUCCUCACGAGCUUUUCCAACAUGUGCACGUACACCUCCUGCGCGUAGCGUGCGGCGGCGGCCGAGUCCUGGUUCAUCUUCAGACGGCGUGUGUACUUCUCAAGCGGAGUCAUCGAGGUAUCACCCUUCUUUCGGCGCUUCAUGCGGUCAAACUCGCCCUUGGCCAUGUGCUCGUUCUUCUUCAUCUCCUUGAAGGCCUCACGGGCCUUUUCCUUGCACAGGUCUGCGUACGGGAUGCCGCCCAUCUGCAUGGCGAUGUGCGGCUCGAUGAGCGGGGAGUCAUCCUGCUCGUAGGUGGCGGUGGGCUUCUGGACCGGCUUGAUGUCGAUGGGCAGCGGCGGGCGGCGGUCCGUCGGGUGCAUGGGCUGCGGCGGGAAGGAGUGGGCGGAGACGACGGGGUGGCGGGCGUAUUGCUGGGCGUGCGGGUCAUGGGAGAGGUGGUGCACCCGUAUUACUUUACAUUAUUGAGGAACUCUUCCUCGCUUGCUUCCGCUCAAACGGCGUCCUCCAUCGCUUGGAUGCACAUGCUUAACAAGACAUCGGAGCUGUUAAACUUGCAUGGUAUCAGACUUGUACAGGCUCCCAUUUACACAAUCUAUGAUGAACAAUUUGGAAAAGGAAGAAAGUCUAUCUGUCCACAUAUAGUUGUUACGGCGACACCCCAGUACCCUACGAAAGAAUCGGGAGGAAGUUCGUGCUAA